AUGCGGAGGUUGUCCAGAAUCGACAGAAUCAAGGAUAAGACAGAGAGGGUGAAGGAGUUAUUCUCGCUCAGAGGCAAAGAAGAAGAUGGGCCCACAAGCUCCUCGGCCACACAGCAGGCCCAAGAGUUGAAGAACUCGCAUAGUCCUUCUGUUCUUCUGCCCUUGCCCAACACAUCACCAAACACAGCCACAUUGGGCGAUGACGACGAGUAUCAAAACACUCCCAUUGGUGAGCUCUGGAAUCUCUCGUACAAGAAAUUACAACAAGAGGAUUCCGCACUCAUUGAAGAAUAUGAGGCAAGACUCCGCGAAAGCGUCACUGCCGCACUGGGAUCGGCUUUAGCCGCAGAGGAGAACAAGGGAAGGUGGAUGAACAUCAUGCUACGAUGUAAGAUGGAAGAAGUCCAGAAGAACAUUUGGAAGUUUUCGUUUCGUAGCUCUGAGAUUCAGCCGACUGAAGUUGUCCAGCCCAUCUUGGGCGUUGUUAAACUGGCCAAUGACUUCAUCAUCACAGCUUUAGCUUCUAACCCCUAUGCAUCAUUGGCGUGGGCUGGCGUCAGCGCAUUGCUGUCGCUGUUUUUGAAUCCCAUGGAUCAAGCUGCAUCCCUUGCCAAAGGGUUGGAGUACAUCUCAUUACUGAUCGUCCAGGGCCGAAUGAGAGAAGAUCUCUAUCAUCGACGCUAUGAAGUAAGACAAAGCGACGACCAAUCAUCUCCGGUAUCGCAUGUACUUUAUAAGGGCUCUCUGGAAAAGCUAUAUCGGCAAAUACUAAAGUACCAGGCAACAUGUUACUGUUACUACGCCAAUGAUGGGGCCACUCGCUUGGCUCGUGAUCUUAUCGGGCGAUAUAAUUGGGCUUGGAGCGAUCAACAGUAUAAUGAAGAAUGCGCUGCAGCCGAGAAGCGACACAAGGAAACGAUACACAGUUUAAUGACUGCUGGUGCGGAUAUUUCCAGCCUACACAGAGCAGUAGAGGAAGCCAAUUCGAAGCAAGAUCACCGGGAUUUCUAUCGCUGGCUAUGUGAUGUUGAUCCUUCGGACAUGUACAAUGCAGCCCGUAACAGGCAUGAAGCUGGCACGAGUGAGUGGUUUAUUGAGGGUGAAGCAUUUGAGUCAUGGAUUAACAAUCCUCGCUCUCUAUUAUGGCUUCAUGGUAAAGCUGGUUCCGGAAAAUCUGUCCUAAGCUCCUCAAUCAUCAAAUUCCUACAAAGCAAAUACAAAGAUGAUGCUACAAUCGCUACGGCGUAUUAUUACUUUAGCUUUAGCGACGUUAAAAAGCAGGAAAGAGAUGCUAUGCUGGCGUCUCUGAUCAAGCAAAUUUGUUGCUGCCGCCCCAAUAUGCCCGACUCAAUUACAAAACUUAGAAAACACAAAGAUCAAGAUAUGCGCCCACCUACCGAUGAGCUUCAAGAAGUAUUUAUUGCGACUUUACGCGGGUUUUCUAAAGUGCACAUCAUUAUUGACGCAUUGGAUGAAUGCCCAGAACUGGGUGGGCGGCGCGAAGAUCUCAUGAAGACGUUGCGUUACAUCCUAAAUGCUGCACCUGAUAAUCUUCAUGUGAUCUGUACAAGCCGAAAAGAAUCAGAUAUAUAUGCUGAACUUGAAACUCAUUUAUCUGAGCCCACGAGGAUAGAAUUCGAUCUGUCUUCCUACGUGUAUAAAGAGGCAAUCAAGCGCGACAUCGGCCAAUACAUAGACUCAACGCUCGCCGAUGUCAACUAUAAAUCUUGGUCGGAUGUCAUAAAGAAGAAAGUCAAAGAGAUUCUUAUUGAAAGAUCAGAUGGAAUGUUUCAAUACGUUCGCUGUCAAUUUGAAGUACUACGGAGCCUCAGAUCUUCGAGUGAAAUAUUACAGGCGUUACUGAAUCUCCCCAAAGGACUUGAUCAGACAUAUGAGAGGAUACUUCGCAUGAUAGAUCCCAAAUACCAGGAACAGAUCAUAAGUUGUCUGCAAUGGCUCGCCUUCUCAUAUACGCCCCUCUCCGUGGAACAACUAGCACACAUCUUCAUUUUGCGGCCAAGCGACAUGGAUACAAACCAGAAGAUAAUGCAGCGUCUAAAUCACUCAGAGCAGUUGUUCGAUUCCCAGGAUGUCUUGGCAUACUUCUCAGGACUUGUUCUCGUGGAGUUCGGAAUAGUCCGCUUGGCACAUUUCUCAGUUAAAGAAUAUCUAAAUUCCAGUCGAGUUCACCGAGAUAAUGCGGUAUCGCUUGGAUUUAGUGAAGCAGACGCUCAUAUUUCGAUCGCGUACUGGUGUCUUGCAUACCAUACAUAUUUGAGCACUCCGGAUAGCUAUACCAUCCAGACUCGAUAUCCUUUGAAGAGCUAUUCAACCAACUAUUGGCCAAGGCAUCUUGAAAUGGUCCCCUAUAAAAUCUGGACAGCUCAAGUUGUUGAGAAAGUGGCAAUAUGUCUUGCCAUGCGAAGCCAAAGUUUGCUCAAUAUGAUACUUGGCAGCAAGCGGUUCCAAGAUCAGUGGCGAAGAAGGCAAGAGCUUGCCUAUUCAGACAUGGCAGAAAUGCUAAUGCGGCCACACUCUUUCACAGCCUGGCGUGGCUUUACUCUUUUAACUGGACAUAUCCUUUCACAGAGCUUCGGUGUGAAGCAAUACUUUGUACAAGAGGAUUUCGAUAUAGCGCUGUUCUAUGCGAUUCGCGGAGGCAGCCUACAAGUUGCUCAGCUUCUACUAGAUAAGGGCGCCAACGCGGAUGCAUCGGCAAUAUCAACAGUUAAAGACGAGUCCGGAGAUGGCAAAGCUGGAGAUAUGCUUCAGUUGGCCGUGUUUCGAGGGAACUUUGCAAUGGUUAACCUGCUUCUAGACAGAGGUGCCGAUAUUAAUGCUCAGCGCGGUGGAUGGGGUUCAGCUUUGCAAACUGCGGCAAAAGAUGAGAAUCUCAGUAUGCUAAAGCUUCUGAUAGAGCGCGGGGCGGACAUCAACGUCCCUUCUAAUGAAGCCGGAUGCGUUCUUUUGUCGGCUGCAGGAAAUAUGCAUUGCCUUCAGUUGCUGCUUGACAAUGGAGCAGACGUCACCAAGCGUGGUACUGGAGGCAUGGAAAAGACGGCUCUUUGUGAGGCGGCAAAAGCAAAAUACUGGGAAGCAUUCGAUUUGCUGCUUGAACAUGGAGCCAACGUCAACAUAGGUGGAAUUGGAGGCUACCCCCUCCACGAAAUGAUCACAAACUACAGACCAGGCAUGGAUAGAAUAUUUCCACAAUUGAAACGCACAUUCGGCCUUUCGAUCGGCGUGGAGGGAGAAUUUCGCAGACUGAAACUCUUACUUAGCCUUGGGGCAGAUCCAAAUACCCAGGACGGAAAGGGCGAAACUGCAUUGCACAAAGCAUGUGCGCAUCACAAACUCGCCUGUUCUUCUACAUGCAUUCAAAUAGCACAGCUUCUAAUCGACCAUGGUGCUAAUGCGAACAUCGUGGCGGAAUCUCAUGGAACAGCACUUCAGAGAGCUGCAUACAGGGGCUGCAUGAAUAUGGUAAAGUUACUUCUCGAAAAUGGCGCCGAUGUGAAUAUACAAGGAGGAACAUAUGGCAAUGCACUCCCAGCGGUGUGUUACAGUCCUAAGGGUCUUGGGACAAAGGCAGAAAUGAUACAACUGCUUGUUGACCAUGGAGCUGAUGUCAAUGCCAAAGGCGGCGUCUAUGGGACUGCGCUACAAGCAGCAGCUUGUCACUCUAAUGAAGGUGUCAAAACAAUGCGAAUUCUUCUGGAACUGGGCGCCGAUGUAAAUACAGUGAGUGGUUUAUUCGGAAACGCACUGCAGGCAGCUUGUAAGCUAGGGGACAUCGACAUGGUAUCCUCACUGCUCGACUACGGAGCCGAUAUCAACGCAGUCUCCGGUGAAGAAUGUGGAACUGCACUUCAAGCGGCUUGUGCCUCUAUUCGGUGGAACGGGAGUGAAGAGAUAGUGCGUCUUCUGCUCGAACGAGGAGCCGAUGUGAAUGCCGAGGGCGGAAAGUACGGAACCGCUCUGCGGACGGUAUGUGCCAAAUGCCCAAGCAACAGCCAAGUUGAGAUAAUACGACUACUACUCGAUCACGGAGCCAAUAUUAACGCCGUCACUGCUGGUGAAUAUGGGACUGCACUUCAAAUAGUCUGUGCCUUUCCUCAUUGGCAAGGAAGUGAACAGGUAGUGCGUUUUCUUCUUGAACGGGGCGCUGAUGUGAACGCAAAGGAUGGAAGAUUUGGGACGGCACUACAGGCAGUAUGUGCUGCAAAGUGUGAGCAUUGGAGCCAAGUUAAGAUGAUACGUCUGUUGCUUAAACACGGCGCAAGUGUUGCGGGUGUGCAAAGCAGCGAAUGUGCCGGCCCACUUCAAGCUGCAGCUGGCUUUCAUGCUAACGCUGAUGUCGAUGGAAACGCUCAAAUGCAGCUUCUGUUGGAUCAUGGUGCUGAUGUCAAUGAGGAGGGCGAUUCGGUAAACCUGACUGCCGUGUCAGAGACGGGGGCAAAUAUGGCUUCCCACUCCAAGCGGCCUGCUCGAUCGUGUAUGACAUUUACGAAAAUGGGCAUCCACGCAAACGCUGUAAAGAUGCUCCUCGAUGAAUGUCCCCAUAUUGAUGUUAAUGCCCGCGGUGGAAUCUUUGGCACUGCUUUGCAAGCAGCGGCAUACUCGGGCCAGACGGCAUCAAUACAACUGUUACUAGAUCAUGGAGCUGACAUAUCACCGAAUGGAGUUUGCGGAAGAUAUCGCACUGCUCUCAACGCAGCCGUGAUAAGAGCUCAUUGGGACAUUGUCAAGAUUCUGUUGCAAGCAGGGGCAAGGCCGGAUUGUCAUUUGCUUCUAAAUCCAGACGAAGGAUGGCUCGAACAAGUCCGAAAAGAAGACGGCCCGGUAGCGGUGGAGAGAUAUAGAAAGUUUUGGGAGGUUGAAAAGUCGCAGCAUGAGCAGGUGCUGCUUAAACGCGGUAGGCAUGUCGCCUAUUACAACUUUGUAACGAUGUGGCUGCUUGCUCAGAUUCACCUGCUGACUGGCUUUAUAACGUUAAUUUUCGAAUUUUUGAUGUGGAAGAAGAAAGCGGCUGUGGAGAUGUAA